UGUAGAUGAAGAUUUGUACUCACAACGUAUUGGGUAUAAGGAAGCUGUAAAAACGCAAUUCACUGGACUGGAGUUAAAAAACUGAUGGCUGAGACUGUGACGAAACGACCACUUAAACUUGAAAGUCAUUUCAUUCCACACAAACGUCUUAGGAGUAAAAGCCCUUCAGAAAGAAGACUAAAUGUAUCAACCUUACAAACUUACCAAAUUACAUUUGAAUACGGUCCGCCACAGCUCAACCUAUUUAGAUACGUUACCAAAAAAGCCAGUACUCUAUGGAGAAAGGCGAAAGAAAAAUGCAUUUUAAAAGGUUGUGGAAAACCAAUGGAAGGAUUUUUUCUGAUGUCGGAAGAAGAUAAAAGCAUUAUACAAGACUCUUUGAAAAGAUUUGGCUUUGAUAAAAAUCAACCGGAGAAAAUGUCUGAAACUGUGUUAAAGGAGCAUAAAGAAACUGUGUGCUUAAUUUACUUUGCGGACCAGUUUUGGGAGACAAUGGACCCAGCACGCGUCCAAAAAAUACGGCAUGUCAUUAGGAGAGCUUCAGAUUCCCAUAUCUUUCUCAUGACGGUUUCAGAGAGAGAGAAAAUUGAAGCCAUUGCAUGUUGCAAAAAAUACGCAUUUUGUCCCAUACCCUAUGUCAUUUCACCAGCAUCAGAUAAUACGGUGUUUUACGAAACACUUUAUAGAAUACUAAACAGAAAACUCGAAAUUUUUUCAUCAGACCUGGAAUUGCGAACAUCAACACGGCAAAUCCAUGCAAUCAAGUGCGAACUUCAUUCCCUCAUUGAAAAGCUACAAUCAAGGAACACGUCAGUUAAAUCGCCACUGACAGAACAAUGCUUAGAAAUACUUCAAAAAUCGAGUAAAAAUGGUGUCGUUGGAUAUAGGCUUUUUGAAAACGAAUUGCAUAUAUAUGGGAACGAACAGUUGACGACAGAAUACGAGAGGAGAGUGAAAAUUGAAAAUUCCAUCGAAGAGUAUUUCACAGGACAGGUUCAUUUUAGAUCAUUAGAACAAGUUUUAAUACCACAGUGUACAUUAAGGUGUGGCGAUUUCAUGAGAAACAACACAAAUAAUAAAAUGGGUACCUUAGGAAUUUUCGGAGAAAUAAAAAGUACGUCUGCAAAUGAAUCGGUACAAACCGUGGCGCUGUCGUCGCCACAUGUUAUCAGUAGCGGUGAUAUUGCUUGUUCAUCCACUGGGGUUAGAUUCGGUAAAUGUAUUUGGCCAGAAUCCAGUAGAAAUAUUCAUGAUGUAUCAAUAGUCAAAAUUGAUUCCUCUAUGAUAAAAAGUUUACAAAAGACAUUCUUCAACGAGCAUAUCACAAUCGAAGACAUUCCCAAAGAAAGCCUCUGUUACAGACAAGUUUUUAAAUAUGGAGCUGCCACACAAGAAACACAUGGUUUGAUUGAAAAAAUUGACCAUUUUCAGCUAUUUGGUAGGGACGUAAUGGUAAUUUUACCAGUUGAUUCUGAAAGGCCUUUCUCCACGAAAGGAGAUAGUGGCGCGAUUGUCUUGACGAUACUUAAUGGAAAAUAUUAUGGCGUUGGUGUAAUUUUCGGGGGUAAUCUUGAUGCUCGUGGGGAAGAAAACAAAAGCGCACAAACCGAGACUAUUGCAAUAUUUAUGAAAAAUGCAAUAGAUCGAUUUAUUCGGGAUAGAAAAAUGACCAUUGAAUUUGAUAAAAUUUGAGAAUGUUGAUUUUUCGCCGGGCUCUGCUGAAAGCAGAGUCCUGGCUGUAGGCGGCAAUCGCCAGUAUUGCUAUUAAUAGAACAAUUUCAAAAGUAAGCAAAAAAAACCCGAACAGCGUCAAAGUAAAAGCUUCCGCUAUACCAAAUAAUUACACAAAAAGAACCACGUUUUGUCGAAAGUGUUGGUUUUUUUGUUUGUUUUUUGUUAAAUUUCAAGAGAAUUCUCUAUCUUUUUUAGUUUCCUUAUUAAUAACGUGUUUUAAAGACAAGACUAUGCAUUUUGGACACAUAAAAUGCGCAUGAAUUUCCAUGAACGAACUACUUUGCUGCGCAUUGAAGAAAUGGGGAUUGAAUUUAUAACGCUUGUUGAAAAAUUCAAGGCAGCAACUGCUGAAUUUUUUCCUACUUUAAGACAGACAUAUUUUUGUUUAUAGCCUUUUACAAAAAUUGGUCGCUCUCUGACGCUUUGCCGACAUUAAAAGCAUGAGAGAGAGAGAGAGAGAAAGAGAGAGAGAGAAAAAAAUUGAUUUUCAGUCUUUACUGCACAAUAUGCAUAAAGACACAACAAAAGAGCACGGCUUUCAGUACUUCAGUACUUUGAUUUUUAAUGCCUUUUGUUAGGUAUGGAGUUUGAGUUUUUUGAAAUGUCCUCAUGUUGAAACCUUAACUUAAUUAUUGACAUUAUCACCUAUUGAGAACUACUGAUUUUUGUCUUUAUACACAAUUUUCUAGGUAUAAAGUACAAUAAUGUCAUAUUUAAUUUUUCCUUCAUUUGUGUAUUAUAGAUAAAAGCAAACAAGUAUACCAAUUUGUUAUCUACUCUUUUUUUGUUUUUUGGUGAUUCACCAUUAUUGUUCUUCAUUAUUAGUCUAUUAUUUUGAUUAGCUAACCUCUAAAGUACCUCUUGAUAUUAUACAAUUUAUCAUUUUUAUGUAUCAUACAAUUCAUGGUAUCUUUUAUUGUAAAUGUCUUUUAUUACAAAUCUUUUCUGUUUUUUUUUUAUUUUUUAUGAAUAACCAAUUAAUGUAUUGUACUUGUGACAUUUAAAUACAUGUCAUUGCUCUUAGAUACUCACGCGUUUGAUAUUUUGAUAUUUCAUGGACUUAAACAAUAUGUUUAAUUUACUGCGAUAAAGAACGUUGAAAUAUUAAUAGACUUUGUUUUAACAGUUUGUUUUACUUGUUGAGCUUAUUUAUAAUAUAUUUUACAUUUAUGCAAUAUGUUAACCAUUUAAAAAUAACGUUAAUUGCGGAAAUAAAGGACAGCUUUUCUCCCUGCGAAAACCAUUAAUUAGUUCCU